AAUAAUAAUUAUUAGUUAAAUGAAAUAAUUUUGGGACCAUAUUGCAUUCUUUUCAAUACAGUACACCUGGGGGAUCCAAACAGCACACAUGCGAUGAGAUAUGCCAAUAGAUAAUACAAUAUAAAGAUACAGACAUUAAGUGAGUACAUUGCUUUUCAGACACUUGGUGAUACCUUUGCCUCAGUCAAAUUAAAAUGUAGGAUUACGAAGAGCCAGAGUCAUCGAGGUUGUAAAAAUACAACAAACCUGGCAACCCGGAGACGUCGCGUCGCGAUGACGUAGAAUAGCAGCGACUCACAAACGAUGUGCUUAACUUACCAGAAACAAACGCGACUCACUUGGAAUCGACUACGUUUUUCUAAUAAUUUGUUGUCAGAGUUAAUACUCUUGAGCGAAACGUCCGUUUUGUGAUACAACAUGACUUCGUCAAUGCCGCAGAAACGUUACUACAGACAGCGAGCACAUUCAAACCCGAUGGCGCACCACACGUUCAAUUAUCCCGUGUGUCCCGAGGAGAUGGACUGGUCCGAACUGUAUGCAGACUUCAUCACUGGCAACCCGUCCGACAAAGACACUCCCAGAGUUGAGUUUGCUGACAUCGGAUGUGGAUAUGGGGGGCUUUUAGUGGAGCUAUCUCCACUUUUUCCAGACAAGCUCAUCCUGGGCAUGGAGAUCCGAGUGAAGGUGUCUGACUAUGUUCAGGAUCGUAUCCGAUCCCUGCGGGCCUCGGAACCGGGACUCUACCAGAACAUCGCCUGCAUUCGCUCCAAUGCGAUGAAGUAUCUCCCCAACUUCUUCUUUAAAGGACAGCUCAGUAAGAUGUUCUUCCUCUUUCCUGACCCUCACUUCAAGAAGACAAAGCACAAGUGGAGGAUUAUUAGUCCCACGUUGUUGGCAGAGUACGCCUACACGCUGAGACUCGGGGGUUUGGUGUACACCAUCACAGAUGUGGAGGAAGUGCACGUCUGGAUGGUGAAGCACUUCACCGAACAUCCGCUGUUCACACGUGUCCUCGAUGAAGAACUGGUUGGAGAUGUGAUCGUCGAUCGUUUGGGUACCUGUACAGAGGAAGGGAAGAAAGUGCAGAGAAAUGGAGGGAAGAAUUUCCUCGCAGUUUUCCGAAGGAUUGAGGAUUCAAACUAAGACCAAACCGUGUGGACAUGCAGUGAAGUGCUCUAAUGGCCUCAUGCAGCCGUGUAUUGAUGGGGAUGAUGCUCCUCCGUGGAUCUGGAAGCUGUGGCUUGUUCCUCAGCACAUGAACAGUGAUGUUAAUGGACCAACAUUUACAUCAUUACACAACAGGAGGGUCUGGGUUUUAGUUUUUCCCCCCCUAGUAUAUAUAUUUCAUUUCUCACCUCACAAAAGACAAAAAGGAAGUAAAUCAUAAAAUCAUUUCUAUUCACUUAUGAAAUGUUUUGUAUUGCUUUUUUUAGAUUGGUUUUUAAUCAUUCACUUCUGUUUCCUUUGUCAAACUCCAAAGUGCUGUUUUCAUUUACCGUAAAACUUAAGUAGAAAAAAAAAGUUUUGGGUUCAUUGUGUCGAUCAGUACGUUGACUGUGGAGAUCAGCAAUGGGUAAGUGGAAUGAGAAUUUUUAUGUCUGGUUGGAACUUAUACAUACAUGUUGCAACGUGUUCUAUAUGAAGUGAACGCAGCACGGGACAGAGCAAAUUAAACAGAACAUGUUUAAAUUAAAGAUGCUUUUACAAAGCUGUUGAAAGAA